UCUUGUCUCCGCCCCCUCCCGACAAGGCGCAGCAUCCAUCCUCAUGGGCUCGCACGCUGCGUGAUCCACAUCACAAACCGAGAAGCGGCGGUGGCUUUAGCCGAGCCGAUGGAGUAGUUGUAGUAGUACGCGUAGUAGUGGGGGGGUGCAGCUUUCCUUUUCGCACCGCUUCUCCCGACUCCUCUUUAAUGGAGUCGCCGCUUCCCUGGAAUAUCGCUUCACCUCAACGCAACGAGUGAGCUGAAUCCUGAGAGCACGUCUCCCGGCAGGAGACAAGAUGGCUUCCAACAACACCCUGCGCAGCUACUCCAUCAUCCCAUGUUUCAUCUUCGUAGAGCUCGUCAUCAUGUCCGGCACAGUGCUGCUGGCCUACUACAUGGAGUGCACGGACCUGUUCAGCGUACACGUGCAGGGCUUCUUCUGCAACGACGCCGAGCUGAUGAAGCCGUACCCCGGCACUGACGAGUCCAGCUUCGUCCCACCCCUCAUCCUGUACUGUGUGGUGGCCGCCGCUCCCACAGCUAUAAUUUUCAUCGGAGAGGUGUCCAUGUACGUGAUGAAAUCAACGAGGGAAGCUCUCCUGGCCCAGGAGAAAACCAUAGUGACAGGAGACUGUUGUUACCUCAACCCCCUUAUCCGCCGCAUCAUUCGCUUCAUAGGUGUGUUCGCGUUCGGCCUGUUUGCCACAGACAUCUUCGUCAACGCGGGCCAGGUGGUCACCGGAGGCCUCUCACCCUACUUCCUGUCUGUGUGCAAGCCCAACUACACCGGCACGGAGUGUCGCUUCAAUCACCAGUUCAUCGUCAACGGCAACAUCUGCACCGGGAACCCCGUCGCUGUGGAGAACGCCCGGAGGUCGUUCCCGUCCAAGGACGCUUCGCUGAGCGUUUAUUCUGCCGUUUACCUGACGAUGUACAUCACCAGCACCAUCAAGACCAAGUCCAGCCGCCUGGCCAAGCCCGUGCUCUGUCUGGGCACGCUCUGUUCGGCCUUCCUCACCGGCCUCAACCGAGUCUCGGAGUAUCGAAACCACUGCUCAGAUGUAGUGGCUGGAUUUAUACUGGGCUCAGCCAUCGCGUUGUUUCUGGGUAUAUGUGUUGUGAACAACUUUAAAGGUGUCCACAGCGCGGCGGCUAAACAGAAACCCGAGGAGUACCGCGGGCUGCCUCUGAUGACCUUCCCCCGCGUAGAGAGCCCACUGGAGACCCUCAGCGCACAGAACCACUCGGCGUCGAUGACGGAGGUCACAUGACUAAGGGGGCAGCACCGGGUCACGUUUGCGUCUCCACAGCACUUCCAGACACAAUGACGAGGACGCAUGCCACGUGGCUCCGAAUGCUUUCAGAAUAAAAAAUAAAUAAAUAAACACUCCUGAUAUAUCUGUUUAAACCACCUUGGGGACAAAAUACACCAUGUUUGUAAUGGUUUUCCAUGCAGUUGGGCUAGGCUCAGUUCAACCUGCCAGCACUGCACCAGAGGCAAAGAUAUCACAAACCCAACUUAAGCACAGAUUGUUUUUUUGUUUUCUUUUGUUUGUUUUUUUUUGCCCAGGUAUUUGAAAUCAUUUAAACAUGGGACAUUUUUUUCCCUCCAAGGUGCGCUGUUUGUAGUUAGAGGACGGUGUUUUGUACAUUUUUGUAUGAGCGAGUGCUGUAGCCUAUCCUGACGAUGUUAAACCCUGCACACUUCCUGUCUGGCCAGCUCACUCUGUUUUACAUCACAUCCCGUCAGGUGAGACGCCUUGUCCGUCGGUCACCGCAUCCGUCUGAAAAAAAAAAAGUAUGGAAAAAAAGUAUCGAUGUUGUUGUUCUGUGGUGUUCGUCAUUUGUACAGACAAAAAAGACAGAAACCUUCUUUUUAUUAUCUCUUUCUGUACAUUAACUGACCACGUCGGGUCAUAUUUUUUAAGGAUUUUUGUUAAUCUGUAUGAAUAUUAUGAUCCAUUUGGACCUGUUUGCCUGCUGUAAACCUGGAUAUGUUUUGGUAUCAGUUUAGGUGUUUUGGGGAACAACUCCUCCCCCCUCCCCCCCUUUGGAGGAAAUGGCAAGGAAGAGUCAAUCCUCCCAGUCAGAAAACGGGGUUUGGCACCCGCACUGGUGCUGUGUUAUCAGCUACAAUACAUUAAAAUGUGAUUGGUUGAAGUGCUCUCUAGGAGUGCCAAUUUCUCGAUUCACUGUGAUGUUAAUCUCCACAGAGAGGUUCAGUGGGGCUAGCCGGUGUCAGAUCUACCUGAAGAUUUCUCUGGGAUUGCUUUAACACCUACGUUUAAUUCCAAUGGAAGACAUCCCUGUUAAAUCGAUGAAAACAGAGACAAAUAAGCUCUUUGGAGAGCACACUGUUUGUCUGACUUGAGGCCUGGCUAGCCCUUUUCGAUAAAAUCCAAACCGAUGACUCCUGCUUCACUUUUCCUCCUCGAGGCACCCCUCCCUCCCUCCCCCCGAAUCACCAGUGGAUUGUGAUGCAAUGUUGUGACUCCAUUUCCUAUUGGAAGCUACUGUAUGCCCAGCAUGAAGAGAGAAGAUGUUUUAUAGAUAUUACUCAUUAUUAUUAUCAUUGUGAUUAUAACUGUCUUUUACUUUAAGUGCAAAAAAAAAAAAAGCAUUUCAUUUCAAAUGCGACAUAUAUAUAUUUUUUUCUUGGUUUGUCCACAGAUUAAAUAGUAAGUAGCAAAAACA